GUUCGUUCGCUUUGUAAAUAUGCUUAAUACUAGGGCUUUGCGCGGAGAUGCAUUUUGGGACUUGUAGUCCUUACUCUUGGUUCUUUGACGGAAGACGGGACGGGAAAACUACUCUUCCCGUGAACCCCCGGGGAUGAUAAGGGAAGGCGGAGGAGAAAAACAGCACACUGGGGCAGGUUGUUGCUAUUGCAAUCUGGAAACAGCCGAAAAGUCUACAACACGUUGCAAAGAGUGUGGAAAGGAGGAAGUGGAGUUGACCUGCCCGUAGCUUUACUGAGGAAGAAGACGGAGUUUUAAUUACUUCGGGGAGGGAAGAGUCCGGAGUCGCGGCUGCUCAAGGGGCAAGGCUCGGCUUCGCUUUUUUACAGAGAGAAAGGAGGUGGGAGGGUGGCGUUUCCCGUUCUCCCUUCGGUGUCAGUCUUGGGGGCGAACGGAACGGGCAUUUUCUGCUACUCUCUUCUGCAGGACUCGGGGAGUUGUCGGACUCGGGGCGUCUUUCCCACGUUGCAUUUCAGCUCUUGCUCCUCGCGCGCCAGGAGAACGCGGCCCAAAGGACUCCGAGAGGCCGAGUGGCCUUCCUCCGCUCCGCGUCCCUCCUGACAAAAGGAGACGGAGGCGGUGUCUGGGAGUGUGGGGGGAGCAGCCGCAGCAGAGCAGCAACGCCGCCCAGUUGAGUUACUUUACUUUAGCGGCAGCAUUAUCGGAGACAGCUCGCAGCUUAAGCAGGCGGGCAAUGAACGGCUUCGGCCCCGAGGAAGUGACCCGCGGCGGGGGAGAAGCCGCCGCCGUCCCUGCCGUUGUAGCUAACGCCACCGCCGCGGUGGAAGUCCUGCCGCCCCCACCGCCCCUUCCGCUGCCGACGGCCGGGCUCGGAGCUACUUCGUCGGCUGCCGCCGCGACAGCUGCGGGCUCGGCCGGUCCCCUUGGGUCUGCCGGACCCGGCGCUGGGCAGUUAUGCUGCUUGCGGGAGGAAGGCGAAAGGUGUAGCCGAGCUGCGGGCAACGCUAGCUUCAGCAAGCGGAUCCAGAAGAGCAUCUCGCAGAAGAAGGUGAAGAUCGAGCUGGACAAGAGUGCAAGGCAUCUUUAUAUUUGUGAUUUCCACAAAAACUUAAUUCAGAGUGUCAGAAACAGAAGAAAGAGAAAAGGCAGUGAUGAUGAUGGUGAUUCACCAGUACAAGACAUCGACACGCCAGAGGUUGAUCUCUUUCAGCUGCAGGUAAACACGCUAAGAAGAUACAAAAGGCACUUCAAAUUACAGACCAGACCAGGACUUAAUAAAGCACAACUUGUUGAAAUAAUUGGAUGUCAUUUUCGGACUAUUCCAGUGAAUGAAAAGGAUACCUUAACCUAUUUCAUCUAUUCAGUGAAGAAUGACAAGAACAAAUCUGAUCUAAAAAUGGAUAGCAGUGUUCACUAAAUAAGCAAACUUAAGACUCACAGACCUAAAGACUGUUUUGAAUGUGCUGAGCUUUCUUUGUAUUAGUAUUCAGAGAAUCCUGAUGUUAUUUUUCUUGGGGAAAAUACUGCUCUCAUAAAUUAGGUUUCCAUGAUAAAGUAUUUUAAAUAAAUACUGUUGAUGUUUCUGUGCCUAUAUCUGAAUAAUACCUGAUAUGCGUGUAAGCUUUAAUGUUAAAGCUCCCUUUCAUUUAUUGGAAUCAGCAGAAUUAUUAUGUCCAAAGAAUAUUUUAAGGCUUAUACUUCCUCAGGUAUAUAUAUAUAUUUUAUCCUUAAUACCUUCCUAAGCAACAUUUAAAUAUCACGUAAGGCCAUAGUUAAGAGUACUUUUCCAUUCUAGAGAUUUGUCUCCCAACUAAGUUAAUGCCUGUUUGUGUAAAAAGCUGGGAAACUCUGGUUUGCAAACAGUGUUUUAUGCUAAGUAAUUUUGUAUGAUGUCUGAAUUCAUUGAUCGUUGCAUCUGCAAUGCAGCUGCAGAGGAUUAUCACUUUGGAAAGGGAGAACUUAGAACUGAAAUAAUAGAACCACAUGCUUUUGUUACCCAAGAUACACUUCACCCAUUUGAAUGUAGCUCAUGCUUUUUAAAUGCAUACAGAUUUUAUAAGGAAGGAGGCUGAGCAAGAAUAAGUGCAUUUAGCUAUAACGUUCCUUGGUGGCUUUGUGUGAUUUUGAAUAUUUAAUCUCAGAGUGAGUGUCCUCAAAUGCUCUCCCUUGCACACAUUUGUCCUUUAUCUAUGGUGUAUGAUAAAAAUAAUGAUAAAAACAGUGCUUGUGUUUUCCUCUCAAAUUUCUCUCAUUGUGUGUAAAGUCUGUAUGCAUUUAAAAUUGAUGCAGGCUUGUUUGGAAAAUCCAGACAUGUUUUGCUUUCUAAGCCAUGACUAACCUAAAUCAUGAUUUAGUAUGACAUCUGAGUUGAGCCUUAAUGUUCACUUGUGAGCAUCAACUACUUCAAAAGGAACCAAUAUUCUUUAUUUUAUGUAGGCUGAUAAUUAGGAUAUGUAGCUCUUUGGAUAGGAAGCAAAAAGGCAUUUUUGAGAGGUGUGGACAUGCAUUCUGAAUCUCUGAGCACUUCUUAAAGAUGCUGCAUUUUUUUCCCCCCUGGGCUUGCCCAGUAUCUGCAAAGACUCAGAAAAAUACAUGUUUAACUAAGGAAGCACUGGCAUGGAUGUGCUUGGAACCUUAUCUCAAACACAUAUUUUCCUGAAAUCAUGUGGCUACUAUGCAGCUUUUAGGAGGUACCAAGAGGUAUAGUAUGUACAAUCAUGCCAGCACCUUUUCUUCUUUCCACAUAAAGUGCUAUCUCUACUUAUUUAUUACACUAGAGUCUAAAAUUAAUGUCAAACUAUUUGUUUUUGUGGUCUCCCAUUUUUUCAGAAACUCUCAUUGUACUGGGAAUGUCUUGAAUUGCUGUCCUAUCUGCUGCAUUUUGCAUAAUUGAUUUAUUUUCUUCAGUAGCAGACACACAAUAGUUCCAGCUGCCUUAGGUGAGCUGGAGUAUGAAAAGUAGCUAUUUGCAGUUUAUACAAUCACAAAUAGGUGCUAGCAGCAGCAGUUUGCCAGUUGAUUGUUACAUUGCUGAAUAUUGCAAGGCAAUAUAUUCCAGGAGUAUUCAUCAGAGCUGUGACAAGAUUUGUGUUUUGCAAGUUAAUUGCAGGGGUUUUUUUGUUUUUGUUUUAAUUUCAUGGAUUUGUAAGGCCACCCAACUCACACAUUGUGACUCUGGGCCACAAACAAAAGUAAACAAUAACAAAAUACAACAUUAAAAAAGAACAACCCAGUAUAUAAAAUAUAAAUGUUAAAUGGUGAACAAACAGAAUCAUUAAGCAGCCAAAAGGAAACUCCACUUGACCCAAAUGCUUGUGAAAGGAGUCAGGGCAUAGCAAAGAUGUAGUUUGAUGGACCAUGAUCAGAUGUGAAAAAUAUUUUGUUCACCCAGUGGUACCCUACCAGAUCUUCCUGCUACGUUUAAACCUCUAUUCCUCACAACCCCAUGUACCUCACUGCACAUUGUCUCCCAGUCUUGAGUUUCCUUCAAGUAUAGCUUUUCUGAUGUACAUAAUAAGACAUAGUGGGGAGUGCUGAGUAAUUAUGUUGGUAUCAUUAGAAUAUCAACAGUUUGACAAGUUGACAUUAAUAUGGGAAGUGUAGUGUUAAGAAUUUAUAUUUGAGUGGGCCACACAGUCCUAUUCAUUUAUAUGUCCCUAUGUUCAGUACAGCUUGUUCCCAGUUCACCACAUUUUUAGGCUGAAAUUCAAUAAUUACAAUUCUGAUUUCUUUCCACUAAUUCAAAGGACCCAUUUUUGGUGUUAAAAUUGAUACUGACAUUUUUACAGGAUUCUCUAAAUGUAUUUUCUUAGGAGCAAACCCCUUUGAAACAAAUGGUAUGUAGGCUAAAACAUUGGAUUAUACAAACCUUGAGUAAUUUGAUUUUGUUUCAUUAUUGCAUUAGAGCUUUGGGAACUUAUGAUGGGCUCCCUUCAUUUCUUCAACAGUAAUGUGAGAAUAGGCUGAAGAGUUUACUCAGUGUUCUUCAUAGUCAAGUUGAAACUUGAACCUGAAUCUUGCUCCUGGUUCCAGUAUUAUAACUACUACAUUUUAUUAAAUCACUUAUUUGGCUACAGCAUAAUCUCUAUACGUGAAGUUAUUCUGCAGUAUUUGCUAUUUGGUAUCAUCUGCCUUAGUAUAAGUGGGAUAUGUGAAAGGUACACAGACUGUCACAGGAAGCUUUAUGCUUGCUCUUAGAAUGAUUCUAGACAAUCUAGAAUGAUUCUAGACAAUACAGUAAAAAUCAAUACCUAAUUAUCAGGACAAAGCAGGUUUUAUUUACAUUUAUGUUUAAAAAGCAAUGAAAGACACCUUUAAUCUGGCACCAUCUAAAUAAUUAGGGGCUACAACUGUGGGUUUGGUUUUUGAAAUUCCUGGCUUGAUCAUAUUUGGGGGAGUCCCGGCAACGUAAAGCUAAUUUUGUCAGUAGGUUCUACUGAACCCAGUGGGGCUUAAUUUUGCAUAAGCAUGCAUAGAAUUGCCCCAAUAGUUUUUUAACAGGACAGCUGCCUAUAGUAGCCUUCCUACUCCAUGCUAAAAAGCUAAGCAGACUACUUGCAUGUUAUAUUACUACUUGACCUAAAAAACAUUCAAUAAAAACCAUUUAGCAGCUAAACAGUGAUGCAGUGAACAAAAGCUGCUUUUCAUGAAUGUCUUCAACUAUCACACUACUGUAGAAUUUGUUGUAGAUUAGCAAUCUCAAGGAAGAUUUUCUUGAUGGCAAUUUUUGAAAUCCUGUUCAACAGAGAAAUAGUCUGAAAGAGCAACAGGGAUCUGUGAUAUUCCAUGUGGGCAAGGGCAUUCCAAAGAUAAACUGAAGCAAUGUCAUUGCAGCCUUUCUUCAGAUCUUUUGUACAUACAGAAGUGAAGUGGGCCACACAUGCACCCCAAUGUUUUCUCCUGCUUUCAAUUUCAUGAAUGUUCAUUAGACCUAUGGUAGAUGUAACAUUUCAGAUGAUUUCAGACUGAUGGACUAGUGCCCAAACCUAGUCUAUCAGUGCUAGAACUAAUUCGUUUUGUAAAUAUAAAUGCUAUUUUGAAAAAGGACUAUAUAGAGCUUUUAAAAAAUACUUAAAGCAUUUUGGUUUUCUCACCAAGCUAUUUUUCUCCAAACUAAACAUACUAAUUCAAUUGUUCAUAUGAAGAAAUUUAAGUUUUUGUGUUCCUCAAACCAUGAUGGGUACUAAUAUGAAUGAUCAGCUGGAUGGUCACCAAUGUUGCAGUUCUGCCUUAGAUACAAGAUCUGAGUAUGAAUCUAUAGUAUGUAUGUCUACUCAGAAGUAAGUCCUACUGAAUUCCACAGAGCCCUACUUAAGAGAAGAUGUACAGAACUGCAAUCUAAAAAGUAAUCGAAUGUAUUGGAUUGUUACAAUAUUCAAUAUAUGCAAUAAUUUGACUACUGCUGAGAUUUUCAUUAGUUUCUAUUACAAUUAUAAUAACAUAGCGAAUAGAUGAAGUAAGGCAGAUCUUGAUCUUCUUACCUUCCCACUUCUUCCUAAAUUAAAACAGACCAGCAUCAGCAUUUCAAUUAACU